AUGUACUCGAGGCUCUUUGUGGCCGAGGGCCGUCGCCCGGGCUCCACGCGCUAUCCAUGCGUUUUUCAGAUAUCUGAAUUGUCGCGCGACGAUACGGGCUACUACACGGAAGUAGUAUCGCUACGGAAAUCGACACAUGCCGUCGACCAAUCAGAGCUCCGCAUGCUCGAUUUGAGCUACCCAGUGCCCGUCGAGAAACUAAAAGCCCUCUGCACCAACCUGACCGCAUCCAGCAGCCUGUCAUGGGAGACACAGGAAGUGCUCGACCUUCACAAGCUGUACGUCUUCAAGAAGAAGCCACUCGACGCGCACUACCACCUCGGCGCCAGGCUAUACUCGGUGCAUCGGCUAGUUCUACGCCCCGAUCGCCCCUCCACCGCCUACAUUUUUGCGUUCCGCGUGAACAGCGCCCGCUGCAUGGCCAAAAACAUGUGCGUCAACGUGCAGAUUCUCGACGAGAAGGGCUACGCGACAAAGGAGAUCUGCAAACCCGUCUCCCAGCGGCCGUUCUUCGGCAAUUUCAGUAGCCGGGUCCAAUUUCAACCUGUCCCGCAUCGAAUCCGCGUCGACCUCAUCGACCCGUGCGUCCGGGUCGGCGUCUUUUUAAAGCCUUUCUUCGCCGAAUCCGCAAACGAGUGGCUGGCCACGAAACGAGAAACUUACGACAUCCUCGCCACGCUGCUCGUCUCCCUGGCCGCCAUCUUCGGCCUGACCAUCCUCGUGACGAUGGCCUUCCUGUUGAAGACGGACAGUGGCGACGAGGAUCGAUACACCCUGCUGAAGCAACAAGCCGCCCCGAAGCACGUCAACCUCUCGCACCUGUCCAACGGGCUCCUAUCCGAGGAAGUG